UGGCGCUACCCCCACUCUGACGAGGGAUAUAAGAGGAGCCCACAGACGACUCAUAAGGCAGAAUCCUCUUAACGAUCGGCUGGAGGAUGUUUCUAGAAUACUGAACAGUACAUAGAAGCAGAAUCAACUAGCCAAAUAGCUCCUGUUGAAACGAUGAAUAAAAAAAUACUUAAACUGGAGGUUAAUGGCCCCGUGCAGGUGGACAUUUAUCGAGGUAAAGACUAUGUUGGACAUGCCUAUCUAAUUCAUCCUGAUAUGAUUGCAGCGAGAGCUCGAUAUUUUCCUGGUAACCCAUAUGAGCAGAAUUACUACGCUAAAAUCCAAUUAUUUAAUCCAAAAUAUGAGGCAACGCGCAAAAUAAAUCAAUUCUAUGUACAUAACAAAUUUGAUCCCCGAACACUACAACAAAAUGCUGCUGUAGUUAAGACGGAUCAACCUUUUGACGUAUUUUAUAAAGAUGAACAAAGCGGCUUUAGAAGUCACUUCACACAUAAUGAAUUGAAGUUUUUGCAAGCCAUUGGAGAGAAGUAUCGCGGCAACUAUAAAUGUUGAUUCGCUAUUAUUUAUCAGUUAUUAA